AUGGAAAAGAAAAGGAGGAAACAGAAGACAGUCAGCGAGUCUUGCCCCGCCGGAGCGGCCAUGGUUGCGGAACUUGUCCUCCUCGUCUUCGUCAUUCCCCUUGUUAUAUCCCGAGCGGCCAAAGUUGCUAAACUUGUUCUCCUCAUCAUCCUCGGAGUUGCCCCUGAAGCAUGGUGUUAGUCUAUGGAGACCCCAAGAUGUUGAGACGAGAGGGCGACUUACUUGUUGUAGCCGGAGCGGCCAUAGUUGACACAAGGCUCAGUGGUGAAAGAAGCGAAGGCAGCCAUUGCGAAGGUUUGGGUUAUGGGUUGAAGUUUAAAAGCUGAGGCUAGGGAUGAUGGUUUGGGUGUUGAUAGGUGUGUUGGAAGAGCUUGCUGGUGGUGAUGCUGACUGGAACCUGGGAACACGAAGUUCCUUAUAUAUAUAACUUUGAACGACAUGUCAAUGCCACUUGAAUAGAUGUGCAACUUCAUCUCGCCCUCUUUCCUGAACUGCCAUGUAGUUGCAGGCGACAGUGCCCCGCGGGGGCCCCAAAUCCGCGAGAUGACAUAAGGCGAAAAGAGACCUUACUUUCCUUACGUUCCCCACACGCCUUAGGCAUCGUGAUACGACUGGGUGAUAUUGGUGGAACGCCUUGUCAAGGUACAUAUCACGCCCCCUGGGGAUGUGACUCGCACGGCAUGGGCCAAAGGUACUGGACGGCACCAAGGCAAGCUGGACGAAAUGCAUGGCAGUUACGACAGGUUUCGGGACUGGGCCCAACGAUGAGAUGCAUCUGCGCCUCCAAGCCGUGAGAUCCGGACAUCUGGUGAUGCUACUCUUUGCAUAGGGCCGAGAGUCAAGUACCAAACAGGGAAUUAGAACGAACAUCGAAACCGUUUUUGGGGGCGAAUGGAAUUUUUCGAAACCUGUCAAUACGCACACUGGGCCACUUUCAUACACUUGCAUAGGGCUGAGUGGCAUCCAAAGAUGGAAUUGGAUGGAUGCCUUGGUGGCCUGUGUAAGCACCAGUGGGCUUUGCUGGGGUUACACCUGGCGCGAGCCACUUGCAUGCAGCCCUCUGCGACAAAAAAGAGACAUUGCCAGGCACGCCGGAUUCUCUAUGCCCCGCUCGUCUUCAAACUGGUUUAUACGGCGACAUACGGCGAUACACGGCGACUUCCUCGCGGGUAAUGCCAGCAUGUCGUUGCCGGUUUUAGCCAGCGUGCCGAUAUCUGGUGUGCUCUAGAAUCCUGCAGAUGCGGCUCAGUAGUACGCGAAGUGUGGUGGACUUGCGCUCUGGUGGUACCGGUCGUCUGUCGUCUGUCUCCGACCCAGUGGAACGCAUCGCCCAGUGCCGGACGAUCCGCAAGCCUUCGGCAGAGCAUCUGCAGCUGUACCAACAGCACGUGUUGGGCUUCCAACCACAUGUCACAAGAGACACAUCUGCCACAACCGCACCUGGCUACACUUGCAGAGAAUUUGGAAUGCACAUGGCUCUUCCAUCAGAUAUCCCACAUCGUCGCGAGCCGCACGUCAGACUUACGUGGUGCGACGGCUAUUCCCAAGUCAUGGUUCUUGGAUUGGAACUGAUGAUGGCGGGUCAUGAAGGGGCUAUGUCGUUUGAUAUCUUAUUUCCGUCUGUUAUCCGCCAUACGCUCCGCCAAGCAACCGAACGUCUACGUAAGGUCCCGCGAACGUAUGUACAGACGACACGCGAGUUACUCAGCAUGUCAUCGUUCAACCUCGAGAAUGGUGUUUAGAGCUCGUCUGUGGAUAGACGAGUGUGGCAUGCCAGUCACACCGACCUAGCAGCCACGCAAUGUGCAGAGAGACUCCAUCGGACGGAAUAAUGACCAUAACAGCCGCAGCCAGACCUAUUGGUUCCGGUGAGAUUUUUGGACCGUCAGUUUCCUGAUCGGAAACAGCAAAGUCCGCCAGACCGCGACAACUUCAUGUCAUGAAGCAAUCAAGAUGCUGAAUUAUACGAGCGGUUACCAAGCUGCUGACUGUCAGCACGUGGAGGUCCCGCUACCACAACCGAGUGGCACAAUCAGGGAGGGUUUCCCGGGGAAUACAUUGCCGAAUAGCCAAGAAUCUUCGGUCAUGAUUGUUGAGGACAUCUCACUGCUCAACCUGUCACUUUCAACCUACUCCGAUGUCUCGGUAUCGCUCUGGGAAUAUUGAUCACGGCUGCGACUUUGCGAUCAUGUCCGAGAUGCAUAUCUGUUUCAGACUAUUUCCAUCUGCAGACUUAGGGGGGAGUACUGAUGUUGGCACCACACCAUAUUCGUCGGGUCGUACAGACCGCGGCUCUUCUAUCACCUUGCCGCCUGGGUUAAGCGACAGUGAAUAAGUUUGCCUAUUGCGGGUUUGCUUCACUGAUGGUGGUGGUCGGUACGGUAUGGUGGUACCUGGUGCCACGUGCGAUCCAGACGAGAGGGACCCCAAGCAGAGGGACCCCUCGUCCCGCACCAUGAUCAUGGAUGGCCCCCUCCCCCCUGGUUACCGGGACAUUUUGUCUCGGCUCUCUUGAGGCACGGUCCCAGAGAACCAAAUGCCCAGCUACCCGCCCGUCAUCCCGGGAACGUUUGAAGCUUGGCGCCGAGAUUGGUCACUGGCAUUGCGCUCCGGAAGUCAAUUACCCUCAUUGCGUUAGGCCUUUCCAGGCUUCCACAUAAAGAUGCCUUAGAAUAACAUUGACCAUCAGCACUUCUUCCAAAUCUAUCUCGCUUACCUUGAUAUCUAGACGGCGAUUCGGGCAUCGAACCAAAAUAUCACCGUGUUACUCAUCUCCCAUCUCGGACCGAACCUGCAGUGCAGCUUGUUCUAGGUUGCGAAUAAAUUCCCUUUUGCGGCUGCGGUGUCCCGUGGUUCUGAAACGAACUGACAUCCAACUGCAGCCCUACGAUCAAGUAAGUUGUGGGGGCGAAGACUGGUGCUCCGACGGCUCUUUUACAAACGAACAAGGGCGCACAAUUGGACGGUUGGACGACAUGCCAUCUCAUGUUCUUUUCGGGAGCGGCAGGCUGUGUGGUACAGAGCAACCAACAACUACACAGAAAGCUGCUUCCCUGGUAUUUCCACUUGCCAUCCACGUGCUUGGGUAGGAAUGACCCUACCUACCAGCCAUCGUAACGCAGGAGCGUUGUUGUUUCUAACCAUGUUGAGCUGAACAUGUUCCCGAAAGAAGAGUCAUCUGUUUUUCCUUUGCGAGAGGAUGAGAUGCGAAAAGGGAGGCCUGAAAGCCAAGGCUGUAGAAGCCGGAGAGCAUGCAAGAGGAUGCGGCCUCCUCGCCGAGCCCCGCGGACCCCAACGUCCCGUGUUCUCGGCUCUCCGCCUUUUCUACGCUGCGAGAGGGGACGUAGCGGUGUAUAUCGGAGGCUGUUAUGGCGGGAUCAAAUCUCGCAGGUGUACCUGUCAAUCGAGGAGACAAGUUUCUUGGCGUAAGGGUGCAGCAUCCAAAUUUCACAUUUUCAACUAUCAUUUUACCUAUUCAUUAAGGGCGCAGUUUACUAGUAUUGGUGCAAGGCGCGGUGAGAACAGCACAGAUGAACAAGAGGGCUUUUUCCCCAGGAAGGCUGGGGAGCUGCACACUUGAUCAGCUGGUUGGCCUUGGGGAUAUUGCACUGUAAUGUCUAUCGGUCCUUUCAUUCUAGAUAUUACGGUGCGGGACAGCCCAGAGUUGCACUCUCUGGCGUGGCUGUUGUUACAGUUUGUAUCACUCACCACGCCGCACCUUUACGAGCCCGGUAUUUGCUUUCCUGUUGACAGAGGCUUAUCCGCCCGGGUGUCUUGACGGCCGGAAAAGUGAUGGUUUCACUGCCACGUUUUUUUCGUCAUCGGAUGGAGCACACGGAGGGGAUGGUUUCGUGGCUUUUGGUGAGGGCCGGUCGAUCGGGAGUGACUGACUGAUUGUUGUGGCGGUAUUGAUGCCGGCAGGUUGGGAUGUGAUGUAUUGGAUGUGAUGCUUGGGUGUUCGAGUUUCUGCCUGAGUUGAUGAUGACAUAACCAGGUGCUGACUACGAGGUUGGAUGGCUCACGGGGGGGGUUCAGCUUGCUAGCUACUUCUGCCAAGGCUGGCGAUGUUGCUGGUGAGGGCGGAUACCUACGCCUUGUUUUCCCGCUUUGCUGGGCUAUGGUAUAUACAUUUCUUGUGGUGUGGAGAUGGGUGUGGGAGGUCUGGGGAAGACAGGAGAGGCGAGGUGGGCUAGGCUUUCAUGGUUGAGAUGUAUGUUUGUUUGGUUUAUCUUGUGUUGUGUUAUGUUGCCUUCCUAUUCUGGCUCGCCGAGCGCGGGUUAGGCAGGCAGGCUGUUUCAUUGCCCCCUUUUUUUCACUUAUGUGUCGACCCAUCACGAAGUCAACAAUGGUUUCAUAGACUUGAAGGGUCUCGAAAGUGUUGAGGGUCUAGCGUUGCCCUGAGUCACGGAGUUGCAGAAGUCUGGACUCGUUCUACUGGCUUUGUGGUAACCGAGCUGCGAGACUCUGGGCUCGUUCUACUGUCGUCGUCGUCGUCAUCGAAAUUGUCGGUUCGGUGGAUUUUGUGAGGUAAACUGGGACUUGAGGUCAGCAUGUGGCAAUAUCAAGGAGGUUGCUGAAAGUUUAGACUCACCGACAUUGUUACGACUCUAGGGAAGAUGAGAUGGACGUUCAUUAGGUAUCGGGCCUUGUGAUAUCAGGCUGGACUGUCUAGUAUAGAUGCUGGAUAAUGGAUCUCGUCACCGGUAGGUGUGUGGGUAGCUACCAGUGUCCUAUACCAUGGCUUCCAGGACUUGGGUGGUCAACUUACAAGUAUCUCUACACAGCCAACGUUAAUGGUCUUGAAUCUACGUAGUCGUGGAAGUCUAGGUCCAACCACCAUUGGGCUUAUCUCCAUUUGGCGGGUUUCGAUCAGGCAUCCGGCAAUAUCAUGCUGGAUGCUGAAUAACGGCUCUCACUCCCUUCUUGUUGUGCGAGUGGGUCGAAUGAAGAACCGUACAUUUGAUGACCUUGAUUCAGCGGCUGGGCCGGUCGACCACGCAUAUAUCCCCACACACACCUAUACUCAUGACCUGGUCUUGGCCGCGCGGGAAUCUUUUCUUUUCUUGUCGCUUGAUCGACGUUGGGGUCGGACUGUCCGGGUCUAGAUCUAGGCCGGGAGGUUGUUAUUUUUGGGCAACUUUGCUGCUUUGGGGGGUGAUGAGGUCUAGAUGGUUCUAAAUGGUCAUAGGCAAAUGUGUUUCUUUGAGGGUUGGUAUGGUGGAGCUCUACUCUUGUUGGUAUAUGGUGGUCUUUUAGGGGAUCAACAUAUGAGGGCACUAAUAUGGCAGUUGGUCAGCCUUAAGGGCGGAAGACGGCUGGUGUGCGGGUAGGGCUGAGUGUGUGGGUGGGAGUCUUGACUGAGAUAGUACCGGCUGCGGACAAGGCCAAUGAAGCGGUGAGAAUCCGGGGGACAUUUGCCACAAAGACGGUAGGCGAUUACAAAAGGGCUGGUAUUACAUGAACUUGGGGGUUGAAUAAUAUGGCCUCCUAGGUUGCAGCAGUAGAUAGUCGGGCUUAGUCACUGAGGAGUCGCCUAACGGUUACGUUCCAGAGUGGUUAGGUAACUUGAUGGUGGGUGUUGAAAGAAAAACCAAUUGGACUGAUUUAUCA